AACUGGAGAUUGUAGAGGCACUGAAGUGGUUGCGGGCCGCGGGGUUUCCCCAGUAUGCUCAGAUGUUUGAAGAAGGGCAGUUCCCUGUGGAUUUGGGCGUCAUUGAGAGAGAUCAUGACUUCCUGGAUCAGGACUCCUUGAAAUCUUUGUUCAGGAGGCUAGAGAAACUGAACAAAUACGCCGAUCUAUCACUGGAUACACUCCCUGGCAAGAAGGUUAGCAGCGAAGAAGAUGAAGAAGAAGACCUGUGUGCACUAAGCGAUCGAUGGGAGUACAAGAAGUCUGCCGGACGUUGGUCUAGAAAGGGGGUGACAUCCUCAUCCAGGCACGCCACAGCGAUGGGAUCUGAUCAGACAGAUAUGACCGGCCACUCAGAAAGUCAGGACAGCUUGCUGGACCACGACACGUGUACGCCCAGGAAAGAAGCUAUACCCAAUUCAUUCUCACACUCAGUAGAACAGGAAAGCAAUUCACAUCGUCCCCAAGUUAAGUUCCAUAAGAAUGCUACCAGAGAGCAGGAUCUAAAUGAUGUUUUCGUUUCUGCUAGACCGAUCCCAGUGGCCGAUGAGAAAAGUAAGUCAUCCAAUAACCUGUUUAGAAAGAUGGACGUUUUGAAGAACAAAAGGUCUCGUGGAAUGUCAAAACGUCGCAAUAUUUUAGAUAUCAGUGGGCCAAUCGUUGAAGACAGUGAUCAUCUGCGCGCCAAGUUAGAGAGACUCAACUGUGUUGAUAUCUCACCAUCAUCGAAGACUGUCCGACCUGAACUUUCUGCUGGAGGUCAUGUAUCGACCCUCGGCAGUCGUGCUAGUUCUGUAGAGCGUACAGAAAAUCCGGGAUCUUCAGAGUUUACUAGUAGCCAUGCUACAGUACAGUCCUCAACUAACAGUCACAGCCUUGUACAGCCAUCAUCUACUAGCAAUAUCAUGGUACAGCACCCACCAGCCAGCCACAGCUCGGUACAGUCAGUAUCUUUUAGCCAUACUAAUGUACAAUCUCCACCUACCAGCCAUACCUCUGUAAAAUCCCUAUCUUCAAGUUGUAUCCCAGUACAAUCCCCACCUUUCAGCCAAUUCCCUGUACAGUCCCCACCGUAUUCCACGUCUAAAACAACAUUGUCAGUACUUGAAACAAACCCACAAGCGACCAAACCUCCAGCCACACCUAAUUCAUCAACACUGAAAAAUUCACCGAAUCACAACAUUGACAUUCUCUCUUCAGCUAAGCAGACACCAUUAGACGGCGACUGCAAACUCAAUACGCAUUUCCCAAAUACUGCAACACAAAGUUUGUCCUCGUCCAAAGGAGUAACCCAUAGUUCCAGUUUGGAUUCUUACUUUCAAGACAGCAGUGGCAACAAUGACAUAGACAGUGGAGAACUAACUGACAGUCAGCCGACACUAGCACAGAAAGAAUACGAUGAUUUUGACCUCAUUCUACAGCAGCUGUACCAGAACAUCAAUGAGCUGUCGGAUUAUGUCAGCAGAGAAACGGGUGAGUCCAUGUCCUUGUUUGAUCCCGAGACACACUUUACCUCUUUGGUAAAACCAAUCUCUUCACCAGACAUCAACAACUCUUUGGAGUUCGACGGGGCCCUUGAUCUUGACCCAGAGAACAGUUUCAGCGGUGGUGAAGGAAGCAACACUGCCGAGUCUAGUAGCGAAGACCCUGAACUUGUUGCUACUGACGUGUCUCGGGACUCUCUUGACGAAAUCUCGUCUGUUCCUAGAGAGAGGCGAGAUUCGGGGGUUGGCCAUUCGUUACCUAGAGCUCCCAGUGAACGGCGCCAAAAGAAACUGCGGUGGAACAGCUUCCAAAACAGCCACAAGCCGGACGUCAACAGCCGCGCCAUGCAGAUCAACCAGUUGACGGUUUACCAGAUGGUCCGUCUGCAGAAGCUAUGUCUGCUGAAGUUGACGGCCAUCAUGGAGAAAUGUCUGCCCGUCAGCCGCUCGGGCUGGAAUUGGAUGAUGCCUCGGUUUAUGAAGAAACCGAAGAUUGCUGACUUCAUUGACAGAAAGGUGUUUGGUGUUCCUUUAAAUGUCAUGGCCCAGAGAACGGGCCAGCCAUUGCCUCAGUGUGUCCUCCAUGCCAUGAGAUACCUCAGACGUACCAGCCCAAACGCAGUUGGUAUUUUCCGUAAAUCUGGCGUCAAGUCAAAGAUCCAGCAGUUGAGAGAUUACCUGGAGGCUCACCCUGACACUGUGAAUUUUGAAGGAGUCAAUGCAUACAAUGUAGCAGACAUGCUAAAGACGUACUUCAGGGAUCUCCCCGAAUGCUUGCUGACCAACAAGAUGUCUGAAAUCUUCCGCAGCAUUUAUAUGCAUGUGCCACCAUCUCAAAGACUGGAAGCCCUGCAGACGGCAAUAGUGCUGCUGCCAGAUGAGAACAGAGAAGUGCUGCAGUCCAUCCUUCUCUUCCUCAGCGAUAUUUCUUCCCAUGAAGCAGAUCAUCAGAUGAAUGCAAACAAUCUGGCCGUCUGCUUCACACCGACAGUCUUCCAGUUAGGGCCUCAGCACACAGUGACAGCCCAGAGUCCAAAGAGAAACCACAAAACCUCCAUUGCUGUUCCGGACCCCCGAGAGAUGAUGGAACAAAAGGCAGCCCACGAGUGCCUGCUGAUGAUGAUUCUAGAAUGCAAGAAGCUUUUUACUGUGUUUCCCAGUCUCUACCAACAGUUGCAGGUGCAUGCUGUGCCCCAAAUCAUGCCAGUUCCUCUGCUAGACAUCGGCUGUGCUCCUUCUGAUGUCAGAUCAUUCGGACAGGAGAGAAUUCAGAUCAUUCUCAAGGAAGCUCAUGAUAAAAAUCGAGGCUGGCUUCAGGCUUUCAUGGUCGGUGAUGUGGAAGUCUUUCUUCGGAAACCCAUGGAUGAUUGCCCUCUGAAAGAAUGGAAGCUAGUUGUGGAAAUAGAAGCACCGCCAAUAGAAGUUCUGCACAGAAUCUUGCAUGAAAGGCAUGUUUGGGAUGAAGAUCUCCUGAGUUGGUCAGUUGUUGAGAGACUGGAUCCUCACUCUGACAUCUUUCAGUUUGUGCUCAACAGCAUGGCUCCUCAUCCGUUCAGACACUUCUGUGUGUUGAGGUACUGGCGGAGCGACCUCAACAAAGGUGCUUGUGCUCUCAUCACUAUGUCUGUCGAACAUUCACAUCCGAUGGAAGUCCAGGGUGUAUGGGCUGUUGAUUUGGGCUCAUAUUUUCUAAUGGAGCACUGUGGGUCUGGUCGGUCUCGACUGACUUAUAUCACCCGCCUGGACACAAGAGGGCGAUCACCAGAGUGGUACACAAGAAUAUUUGGCCACAUUUGUGCAAACUUCCUGACACGUCUGAAAGAGUCAUUCAGGCAAGUCACGCAGGGACCAGAAACCAGGGUCUGA